AUGGGCGACACUCCGGAGAAGGGCAAUUCGGGCGAGGGCGUCGAAAUGCAGACGACGGCCGCCAAAUCGAUUUUUGGGCGUCGUGUGAGCUCGGUGGAGCCGGUGAAAAACGCGAUGCCGCCAACGAAGAAGGCGUCGGUGGUGAUCUUCGAGACGCCCGAUUCGCCGAAACAGGAUCGAAAAGCAUCGUCUUGGUGGCGCAACUUGAUGAUGGACGACGAUAAAACGGCGCCGCCGCAUCCCGAAAUUGUGAUAUCGCCGGAAAACGCAGCCAAUGGUUUGGAUUCGAAUCAUCGCAAUAUUUCGACAACCAGCGUCGGCGAUCGUGAGUGA